AUGUCAUUGAUCCAUGCUCCGCCAAUCUCUCCUCGCCAUGCGCACCGCGUGCCCACCCAUCCCCGCCCUCCCACACCCAUCAGCGCAUCCCAACACCCUCCCACGCGCAUUCCACACACACCCUCGCACACCUUCACGACGAACCUCAGCUCUAUCCCUACGCCCUCUAUCUCCAAAACACAAUCUCCCAAUCCCAUCCACCCCCUUCCCUACCGCCCCUUCACAACAAGCCACCCCCACCGCGCCCGCAACACCUACAACCGCUUCAACUCUUCCUCCUCCUCCUCCCCCCGCCAAUCCCUCUUCCACACCCUAAUAACCCGGUCUAAACCGCACCACUUCGUCCUAAUAGGUCUUGGCCUCUCGGGCGUGUACUUCUACAACACCGAGGUAGUCGAGAUGACGGGCCGGCGCCGGUUCAAUUGUGUCUCGCAUGCGGCGGAGUUGAAGAUGGGGGCGCAGAGUUAUAGGGAGGUUUUGGCGCAGUCGCAGGGAAGGGUGUUGCCUGAUAAUCAUCCGCUGGCGCAGAUGGUUAAUCGUGUGCUGCAGAGGCUUAUUCCGCAGGCGCCGAUUGAGGGGGCGGAUUGGAGGGUGCAUGUUAUUGUUGAUGAUGGGAAUGCUAAUGCGUUUGUUCUUCCUGGGGGCAAGGUCUUCGUGUAUACGGGUAUCUUGCCGAUUUGUCAAGAUGAGGAUGGUCUUGCUGCGGUGUUGGGACAUGAGAUUGCCCAUGUUGUUGCGAGACAUCCGGCGGAGCGUAUGAGUAAUAGCUUUUUGACGCUUGGGACUGUGUUUUUAAUUUCGUUGCUGUUUGAUGUCUCCGGGAACUUGUCGAGCAUGCUGGUGAAUCUUAUGUGGAGUUUGCCAAACUCAAGGACGCAGGAGGCCGAGGCAGACAACAUAGGACUGAUGAUGAUGGCCAAGGCAUGCUUUAAUCCCGAAGCUGCUGUGAGACUAUGGCACCGAAUGCAGGAACAAGAGAAAUCGGCACCGCCGCAGUUCAUGUCUACUCACCCUUCGAGUUAUAACCGCGAAGAAGCUAUCCGAGGAUGGCUUGAGAAAGCCGAAACUAUCUACCAGGAUAAUGGGUGCAGUACUUUUGGAAGCUACAUGCCUAGCUUCAAGAAGGCGUACCAGACACAGAGUUCGUAUGGUUGGUGA